AUGUUUGACUCGACGCAGCAUCUCCAGUUCCUGCUGGCAUCCUCCUCGCCAGUCCCGCACGCGGUUCGAGGCGCCUCCGCUGCCCUGGCGGGAGCCAUCGCGUUCGCCAACGUGACAGGCAACCGGAAGGCGAUUUUUGCGCAGCUGCAGCGCGGCGAUCCAUCAAAGUUCAGACUAGGGGCGCCGCCACGCACCGGCCUCGCGUUCGCUGUCUUUAUCGCUAUCUUUCGCUACUACCAGCGGUCAGCUUCGCUCCAAGCCAAGGGCCGAGUCGGCGACACCAAUGAAGCGGCGUCAAAGCCGUCUUCAGAUGCACUAUUCCUACCUAGCCUAAUUCCAGCUUCGGCGUUGGCGGCGGCGAUAAGCACGCUCUGUAUCACCCCCGAAGAUCGUCCGGCGCUUCUGUCGCUGUUGUCGACCAACGCUGCGAGCAAACUCUUCGGCGAUUUCAUGGCAAAAAAUUCGGACUUGUCCUUCCUGAAGCCGCUCGAGUUGCUCGUGUUCAUGGCGGCGGGAGGUUGGAUCUUUUCGUCGGGCUUCUUCUACCCAGAGAGCUACGAACGUUCGCACAUGAGGACGAUCCUCAAAAGCGUCGUGUUGAAGCAGGACGUCGCCCAGGAGCUCCAAGAAAAAUACCGCCAGGGGCUCAAUCCGAAUCCAUGCCCCAUUCGCCACAAGGGGCUAAGCUGUUGCCAGUUUGCGACUAGCGACUUUCUCCUCCGUGUAGUGACGACAUCGCUGCGAGUGUACGUCCCCGUGCACUUGACGACGUGGUUGCUCGCUCAAAGACACUCACGCGUGCGCUCUAAGCCCGCGAGCGUCCAGCUGAAAGGCUUUGCGACGAAAUUGACGCGCUCUUCAGCGUACGGCAUCGGGUAUGUUUACUUGGGGUGGGUGCUGUGCUGUAUGUUAGGCAAGCUCGGCGAUCGCUCGCAGGCUCUUCGCAAGCUACAGUUCUUCAUGAGCGGCGCCAUUCCAUCUCUCGCGAUACUGGCGGAGUCCCCGGGUCGCCGGCGAUCGAUCGGACUCAUCCUCACAUCGUACGCGCUUGUGAGCGCGGGAAACGUCGCGACUCGGAGGAUUCCGUUCCUGCGACCGGGUGCCAGCAGUGUGCGAGGCCUGUUGGAAGCUGGUUGUGUAGCUGCUACUGUGUCUGUGGUGAUCUCAAACACUUUGAAGAGCAGCCACCUUUUGCGACGGAUGUUGCUGGGCGAUAUCGAGGCGAACAGACUGGUGAGCGCUCUAAAGAAGACUGCCACGUCUCGUGAUGAAAGUGCACCACGUACUUGA